UAGUACUCAUCGGUAUCGUGCAUGACCCUGGGUGAUCGUUCGGUAACCGUUCCGGCACACAAAUUUGUAAGCUUGGAUGAUUGAUCCAAGCGGUGGGCGACACAUCACAAAUGACUAAAACCACAGGGUGAAGAUUUGCCGUUCACGCGAGUGCGGCGGCCAGAUCUAGUAGCAGCAGCCUGGUACUACCCGACGAUCUACACGCACCUACGCUCCCUACAGCCGCCCCCUUCCGAUCCAACAGCGAGCAACACAGAUGACGUCGAGUCAUCUUCCUGUGGUGCCCGCGAACCGAUUGUCGCCAAAAAAAGUUUCCGAGAAGUUUGCCGCGGCAGAUUGCAGGGCUGAUGUCAAUGUGGGUGCGAUAUAAAAUGGCCGCUGUGCAUUCGCGGCCCCGGUCCGUGUUUUCCUUGCCGUCCUCAUGGAAAAGUCCGACCUGCACGAAGACGUUCCCUCUUCCCGCGCAUCGACGUCCACGGCCGAGGGCAGCGAUGAGAAACCAAAAGUCGUAGCGGCUCGGCCGCAGCCUGUUGCGUACGAGCGGGCAUGGUUCACCCGCGUCCCGUUUUCCUCGAGCAAGAGCCCCACCGCACCAGCGCAGUCGCUCGACGAUGCCCCGCUCACGCCGGAACUCAGCGCCUCGUUCCUCAGCAUCCUGCUAUUCGGCUGGAUCGGCCCGCUCAUCGCGCUGGGGUACGCGCGCCCGCUCGAGAAGACCGACAUGUACAAGCUCAGCGACGCGCACGCGUCCGCGCGCAUCGCCGGGCUCAUCACGGCGUCCUUCGACCGCCGGUGCGAGCGUGCGGCGGCGUACAACGCCCGGCUGCUCAGCGGGGAGAUACGCCCCGGGUGGCGCGCGCUGUGGUGGUCCGUGCGCGGUCGCAGGGCCGAACGCGAGAAGAAAUGGCGGGAGGUGGAUGGGCAGAAGAAGCCGAGCCUCGUGUAUGCGAUCAACGACAGCGUGAAGUGGUGGUUUUGGAGCGGUGGCGUUCUGAAAGUUAUCGGGGAUACGGCCCAGAUUACGAGUCCUCUCGUGGUGAAAGCUAUCAUCAAGUUCGGGACACAGUCGUACGCGGCGCACAGAAAUGGAGGGACGGCGCCUCCGAUCGGCCGAGGGAUCGGGCUUGCUAUCGGGCUGCUUCUGAUGCAGCUCAUCGGGUCGCUGUGCCAGCACCACUUCUUCUAUCGUGCCAUGUCGACUGGAGUCCUCGUUCGCGGCGGCCUCAUCACGGCCAUCUAUUCCCGAUCCCUCCGACUGACCUCCCGCGCCCGCUCCACGCUGACCAAUGGGAAACUGGUGAACCACAUCUCGUCUGAUGUCUCGCGCAUCGAUUUCUGCGCCGGGUUCUUCCACAUGUCCUGGACCUCACCCAUUCAGGCCAUCAUCUGCCUGGUUCUACUGCUUAUCAACCUGGGACCCAGUGCACUGACAGGGUUUGCCUUCUUCGUCCUGGUUACACCGGCGCAGACGAGGGCCAUGAAAAGUCUGUUCACUUUCCGACAAAAGUCGAUGAUCUGGACAGACAAACGCGCCAAGCUGCUUCAAGAGCUACUUGGCGGGAUGAAAAUCCUGAAGCUGUUCAACUGGCAAGCACCGUUUUUGGCCCGGAUCAGCAGCUAUCGGCAAAAGGAAAUGGCAUAUAUCCGUUCAAUGCUCCUGUUGCGGUCAGCAAAUAACGCUGUGGCGAUGUCUUUGCCUGCCCUGGCUUCGGUGUUGGCUUUUGUGACUUACUCGCUGACCGGACACAGCCUGGACGCCGCCAAUGUCUUUGCCUCGCUCACGCUGUUCAAUUUGUUGCGCAUGCCUCUUAUGUUCUUGCCUGUGUCGCUGAGCUCGAUCGCCGAUGCGGCCAACGCUUGCCAUCGACUCCAUGACGUAUUCGUUGCAGAAACGUUCUCGGAGUUCAAAGUGCAGGACGAUUCGCUCGACGUCGCGGUCCAAGUCGAGAACGCCACUUUCAUGUGGGACUCGCCUCCGCCCGAAACCGAAGACGUCAAGAAGAAGAAGAGCAAGGGCAAGAAGGCGGCCGCGACUGCUGUCCCGGAAACGGAUGUCAAGGGCGAGGAAAAGAUAUUCGAGAUGAAAGAUAUCUCGUUCUCCGUUCCGCGGGGCCAGCUUGUUGCUAUCGUCGGUGCUGUUGGCAGUGGGAAGACGUCACUACUCCAGGGCAUGAUCGGAGAAAUGCGACGGACUGCGGGUUCUGUCAAAUUCGGUGGGAGCGUCGGCUAUUGUCCACAGACGGCAUGGAUUCAGAAUGCCACCAUUCGAGAUAACAUCUGUUUCGGAUUGCCAUUCGAAGAGGAUCGGUACUGGAAGGCGGUGAAUGACGCAUGUCUUGUCCCUGAUCUGGAAAUGUUCCCACACGGGGACAUGACGGAGGUUGGCGAGAAGGGUAUCUCGCUGUCUGGUGGUCAGCGCCAGCGUCUGAACAUCUGCCGCUCGAUCUAUUCCGACACGGCGAUCCAGAUCUUCGACGACCCUCUUAGUGCUCUCGAUGCACACGUCGGGAAGCUUGUCUUCCAUAACGUCCUGCAAAACACACUGCAGGGCAAGACCCGGAUCCUCGUGACGCAUGCGCUGCACUUCCUGCCGUAUGUCGAUUACAUCAUCACCCUCGCCGACGGCAAAAUUGCGGAGAGGCGACACAGGGGUACCUAUGACGAGCUGAUCACGAAGAACGGAGAGUUCUCGCGCUUUGUCGCCGAGUUUGGGUCGCAGGACCAGCAGACCAAAGACGAGGAAGCGGUGGAGGAUGCAGCCGACCCGGCGGUUGCGCAAGUCGGUCCCGUGAGAAAGAUCACGCCCGGCCCUGCUCUGAUGCAGGCGGAGGAACGCAACAUCGGUGCGAUCUCGAUGCAUGUUUACAAGACGUACAUCCAGGCCGGGAACGGCAAGUACAUCGUGCCGCUGCUGUUCCUGUCUCUGGUGUUCCUGCAAGGAUCCAAUGUGAUGAGCUCCUACUGGCUGGUGUAUUGGCAGGAAAGGAAGUGGCCGCGUCCGCAAGGGUUCUACAUGGCCAUCUACGCCGUCCUUGGUGUUUCGCAAGCGAUCACGUUCUUCUUCAUGGGCAGUAGUUUCGCGCUGCUCACGUACUACGCGUCGCAGAAUCUGCACAAGAGUGCGCUUGCGCGUGUGAUGAAUGCUCCGAUGUCGUUCUUCGACACCACGCCUCUGGGACGGAUCAUGCAUCGCUUUACCAAGGAUUGCGACACCAUCGACAGUACACUAGGCGAGGCGCUGCGUAUGUUCUUCGCGACUAUGGCCAACAUCAUCGGAGCCAUCAUCCUCAUCGGGAUCAUCAUCCCUUGGUUCCUCAUCGCCGUGUUCUGCAUCUUGGCCGGGUACUUUUACUUUGCGCUGUACUAUCGAUCCAGUGCUCGCGAGAUUAAGCGAUUGGAUGCAUUGCUGCGGUCUUCGCUGUACACCCAUUUCAGCGAAAGUCUGUCGGGAAUGGCGACCAUCCGAGCGUACGGAGUCUCAGAUCGCUUCCUGUCAGACAACGAGCGACUAGUCGAUACGGAGAACCGCGCGUACUGGCUGACUGUGACUAACCAGCGCUGGCUGGGAGUGCGCUUGGAUUUCCUGGGCUGCUCCCUCAGUUUCAUCGUUGCCAUGCUCGCCGUCGGGACGCGCUUCACCAUCUCGCCGGCCCAAAGCGGUGUCAUCCUCUCGUACAUCCUGACCGUCCAGCAGGCCUUCGGAUGGAUGGUGCGCCAGAGCGCGGAGGUCGAGAACGACAUGAACUCUGUGGAGCGGGUGGUGCACUACGCGGAAUCCGUCGAGCAAGAGGCUGCGAACGAGAUCCCCGAGACCAAGCCUGCGGCGCCAUGGCCGUCAAAAGGAGAGAUCCAGAUGAACGAGAUAGUGUUCAAGUAUAGGCCUGAGCUACCUGCUGUGAUCAAGGGCAUCUCUAUGCACGUCAAAGCAGGUGAAAAGAUCGGUAUUGUGGGACGAACUGGUGCUGGAAAGAGUUCGAUCAUGACCGCUCUCUUCCGUCUGGUCGAGCUCACGUCCGGCUCGAUUGUCAUCGACGGUGUUGACAUCUCAAAAGUGGGACUCGGCGACGUGCGAAACGGACUGGCCAUCAUCCCUCAAGAGCCGCUGCUGUUCUCUGGCACGAUGCGGUCGAACCUCGAUCCGUUCAACCUGCACGACGACGCCACUCUGUAUGACGCCAUGCGCCGCUCGUAUCUGCUCGAGAACAGCAAGCAAGCCACGAGCGAGGGCGAGGACGGGCCAGCGAAGUUCACGCUGGACACGAUCAUCGAAGACGAGGGGCAGAAUCUGUCUGUGGGCCAGCGCUCGCUAGUUUCGCUCGCACGUGCCCUGGUCAAGGACGCAAAGAUUCUCGUUCUGGACGAAGCGACCGCGAGCGUCGACUACGAGACGGACCGGAACAUCCAGUCGACGAUCGCGGAGGAGUUCCGCGACCGCACGAUCCUGUGCAUCGCGCACCGGCUGGCGACGAUCAUCUCGUACGACCGUAUCUGCGUCAUGGACGCGGGGCACAUCGCGGAAUUCGACACCCCCGAGCGCCUGUACCAGCUGCCGCACGGCAUCUUCCGCGGCAUGGCGGAGCACUCGUCGAUCUCGCUCGAGGAUAUCCGGCUCGCGGCUACGGCGCGGGCGACUGAGGAGUGAUAUGUGUAAUCUUUAUGAUGAUGAUGUGUGAUGAUGUAUUUUAGACGUUUCACGAUACUCUCUUAGAUGUUAUAAUGCAAGAUAAUUGAACUACGUCUGGCUUCCAUCAAGA